CUCUAUUUUUUUUUUUUUUUUUUUUUUCUGGUCAGCUUUCUCUUCAUGUGAGCCUAUUUUUCCUCACUCUCCACUGUAUUUUUUUCCCUCUCAGCAAGCUCUCUCUCUCUCUCUCUCUCUCUCUCUCAUAGCCUUAUGGCUUUCAAAGGAGGGAAUGCUUCCUCUGGCAUGGGUGUUGCAGAGCACACCAAAAGCACAUACCUUGAACUGCAGAGAAAGAAGGCAUAUCGUUUUGUGAUAUUUAAGAUUGAUGAAAAUAAAAAAGAGGUUGUGGUUGAGAAAACUGGAGGACCAGCUGAGAGCUAUGAUGAUUAUACUGCUUCCUUGCCUGAGAAUGAUUGCCGAUAUGCUGUCUAUGACUUCGAUUUUGUAACAUCUGACAAUUGCCAGAAGAGCAAGAUUUUCUUCAUCGCUUGGUCUCCUUCUGUGUCACGCAUUCGCGCCAAGAUGCUUUAUGCAACUUCGAAGGACAGGUUCAGAAGAGAACUGCAAGGCAUCCAUUAUGAAAUUCAGGCUACUGAUCCAACUGAGAUGGAUCUUGAGGUGCUCAGAGACCGUGCACACUGAGCAUUCCAUCUACAAUGGAAGCAGAAGAGUUCUAUAAUCUUCAUAAAGAGGAAAUUUACUCUCUUGCUUCAAUUAGUUGCUGAUUACAUGUCAUAUCCCAUUGGCACAAAGUAUAUAUGGCUUAAUUUAAUUGUAUUGAAUAACCCACUCCUGAAUCCUGAGAAGGCUGAUCGGGGGAGUUCUUGGUUUGGAGACACUUCUGAGUCCUGACUCCUUGCUGCCAUUGAUGCUUCUCAGUUGAGGUGAUGUUGGAUGUAAACGGAUAGGCUUAUUAGUAGACUUUUUAGUUACUACUUGGCUUUGCUCUUCUAGGAAGUGAUAGGUUAACAGGAUAAUUUGAAUUUUAAGCAGCUGGGACAAGGCUUAGUAAUCUUUCGAUCAUGGUAAAAAUUAUGUUGGCUACAUAUCUUGACUUC